UUCUUCCCUUUUCCACUUCUCUUUAAAAUGGCAUUUAGAUUGCAUUAUAAAGCUGCAUCAAAAAGGGUUGUUGAGAAAAAAAAACUCAGCUUUACUUUUUGGGAUUUUGGAGAAGAAAUUAAAUUUAGUUUCCAUUUGAGAUUUCAAUGGGUAAAUUAGGGUUUGCAUUUGGGGCUUUGGUUUGUGUGAUGAUGUUGAUGCAGAAAGGUGAGGGCACUCAGUUCAUAGUUGGAGGAGCAAAGGGAUGGGGUGUUUCAGUGGCACAAAGCUAUAAUCAAUGGGCAGAAGCAAAUAGGUUUCAAAUUGGAGACUCUUUGGUUUUCAACUAUGAUGCUGGCCAAGACUCGGUGCUUCAAGUAACCCAAGAUGACUACACUAAUUGCAACAUCCAAUCUCCAAUUAAACAGUAUUCUGAUGGCCAUUCUAUUUUCCAAUUUGACAAAUCUGGACCUUACUAUUUUAUCAGUGGAAAAAAAGACAAUUGCCUCAAAAAUGAGAAGCUUGUGGUGAUUGUGUUGGCUGAUAGAAGCAAUUCAAAUUCUAAUCAAACCACUACUUCUCCUCCAAUCUCUGCUCCAUCUCCAUCUCCAUCUCCCUCGAAUUCAACUGAGACAACACCUUCUCCUGCACCAGCAAGUGAUCAAACGGGCGUGCCUUCUCCAUCAGGGUCAACUGAAAUCAACCCGUCUACACCACCUGCUGAGGAAGUCAAUCCAUCUCCCCCACCUACUGGGGAAGAGUCUCCGCCUCCAUCUGCAGGGACGGUUGAGAUUAACCCCGCACCUCCUGUAUCAGGGCCACCACCGAGUGUCGGAUAUUCGAUCAUCCCGGGUAGCAUUGGCUCCAUUGAAGCGUUUGUUGCUGCUGUUAUCUUAGCUUUCUAAGUAGAGAGGUGGUGGGUCAUCUUUGAUGACUAUUCUUUUAAAUAUUUGUAAAUGGUAUAUUUACCUUCUCAAAAGAACUAUUUGGUAUCUAGGUCAAAAAGAAUAUAAAAGAAUGAACAAGCAAUGUAUUUUCUACUGUAGGAAUUCUCUAUGUUCAACAUUCGAUUCCACCAGUUCAUGGAGAGUUUGUAUUUUCCUCGGAAUAAAAAAGCUAAAGUCUUCUCACGUUCUGCGUAAAGAUCCAUUGGCAGCUUGGAA